UGUGCAAGGGGAGAGCAUCAGUGGGGGGAGGCAGCCUAGGGGGGCAGCUCCGAGCGGGCAGCAGGAGACAAAGAGAGGGGAGGGGAGGACAUGAGCCCGGGCACGGGGGGAGAGCGGGGCAUCAGCUGAGCUACAGUACGCAGGGAAAGCUCAUCCCCUCCGGCACAUCCCUGAGAAACGCAGGAGCAGGUGUGCUUCCCCCCCCGAGUUUUGGAUAAGAAGACAAAGCAGCAAGUGGGCCCAUGGGGAAAGGGGGUGAGAAAGGAGGGGAGCCGGAGGCGCAGAGCCGCUUCUAUACCUGGGAGGAGAUCCAGAAGCACAACCUGCGGACGGACGGCUGGCUGGUGAUACAGCGAAAGGUGUAUAAUGUCACCCAGUGGGUAAACAGGCACCCGGGGGGCUACCGAGUGAUCAGCCACUGCACCGGCGAGGAUGCCACGGAUGCAUUCCAGGCCUUCCACAUCAACCCCACCUUGGUUCAGAAGUUUCUCAAGCCAUUACUUAUUGGAGAGCUUGCUCCAGGGGAACCGAGCCAGGGCCUAGAUAAAAACUCCCAGCUGGUGGAGGAUUUCCGGACCCUGAGGAAGACGGCAGAGGACAUGAACUUGUUCAGAGCGAAUCCUUUGUUUUUCUCGCUUUACUUGGGCCAUAUUAUUGCCAUGGAAGUGUUAGCUUGGUUAAUGGUUUCAUACUUUGGUACUGGCUGGAUCACAACUCUCAUCCUCGCCUGCAUCCUUACAACUUCCCAGGCUCAGGCAGGGUGGCUGCAACAUGAUUUUGGGCACCUCUCCGUCUUUAAGAAGUCUUCUUGGAACCACAUCGUCCACAAGUUUAUCAUUGGACACCUGAAGGGUGCCUCUGCAAACUGGUGGAACCAUCGUCACUUCCAACACCACGCCAAGCCCAACAUAUUCAAGAAGGACCCAGAUGUGAACAUGCUGCAUAUUUUUGUCCUUGGAGAUAUUCAGCCUGUUGAGUACGGCAAGAAGAAGCUGAAGUACCUGCCUUACAACCACCAGCACGAGUACUUCUUCCUCAUCUUCCCGCCUCUGCUCAUCCCUGUAUAUUUCCAAAUCCAAAUUAUCUCGACCAUGAUCAGGCGCAGGUUCUGGGCGGACCUAGCCUGGGCCAUCAGCUACUACAUGCGCUACUUCAUCACAUACAUCCCGUUCUAUGGCAUUCUGGGAUCCCUGUCUCUCCUCACUUUUGUCAGGUUUCUGGAGAGUCACUGGUUUGUGUGGGUCACCCAGAUGAAUCACAUUCCAAUGGAAAUCGAUUGUGAGAAGCACAGAGACUGGCUUAGCUCUCAGCUGGCCGCCACUUGCAAUAUCGAGCAGUCCUUUUUCAACGACUGGUUCACCGGGCACCUGAACUUCCAAAUCGAGCACCACUUGUUUCCAACAAUGCCACGGCACAACUUCUGGAAGGUUAAGCCUCUGGUGAAGUCAUUAUGUGCCAAGCACGGAGUCCAAUAUGAAGAGAAGCCUCUUGGAAAAGCCUUCGCAGACAUCAUUGGGUCCCUAAAGAAAUCUGGCGAUCUAUGGCUGGACGCUUACCUCCACAAGUGAACGUGAAUCUUAGUGGGGAGGUGUGAGUGACCGGGAGGGAUGGGGGGGUGCGCAGGGGGGAAAUCACACACGUGUCUUUUACUCUCAGAUUUCAAUCUAUAUCUAUGUGCACAAUUGGAGGGGUGUUCCUGUCUUGUCAGCUGAUACUGGUAUGGGCUCAGGCAACUUGCUUAAUCCAGGCAGAUUUAAAAUGUGCUUCAGAGGAUGAAAAGCGAUGCUGGUAUUGCACAAAGUGGAAGGUUGGGAGAGGACGGAGAGGAGUAGUGUCUAAAACAAGGGCAUUAAUAUCUGGCCUUGAUCUUCUCUUCACAAGAUUCAUUCUAAUUCGACUUAAACCACACAAGCCCCCGAUUCACAGACGCAGGAGAGCUGGUAGGCUUCAGUGAGCAUUUGCAGUCCAAGGGUGUCCCAGUCAGCUUGUGCCUCUUUCCUCUUUCCUGUGGUGGUGGAAAAGAGGAGCUCAGCAGAGAGUUCCAUUUUUUUAUCAAGGGAAAAAUAACAUGGGCCAUGAUCACCAUCACAACAGGGAGCUCGGGGGGGCUGUGAUGCCCCACGGGGACCGGCAACCAGGGUACCAUGCUGUGGCUUGCAGCCCUCCCAGAGCCCAGCUCUCCUGGCCUCCCUCCUUUCUCUCCCUCCUUUCUUUCUGUAACCAUAGCAUCACUUCUGUAAAAGCUGAUAGCAACCCUGCACAACUAAUAUCUAACCACCUCUCAGCAGGGUUAAUAUAGCUGUAUUUUUAUGACCAGCCCCUGUUUCCAGGGGUCCGUGGAAGAUCUUUGGGCUUAAACAGCAAAACACCUCCUUUAGGAGAGGGUCUGUUUUCUCUGUAAUGAGCAACAGGUCUGGUGUUGCAUGAUGGUUGUCAGUAAAUUACACAAAAGACUGAAAUAAGUCACAUAAGCAAAACUUAACUAAUUGCUUGCGAGUGCUCCAGCCUAACCACAAACGGUCUUUUCACCAGACCGUGCUGCAGCAACACGCGGUUCUGCCUGCCUGCACAUGCCUGGCAGCCACCAAGCCUGUUUCUGCGUGUCACAGGCCAGCAGCGGUGGCACUGUUCACCCUUCCCUUGGGAGCCAUCAGCAAAGAAAAUGAAUUCUCCUUGCAAAAGGAGAGCCUGUGCCACCAUUUGACCUGCACCCCCAGCCCUGCGGGGAGGCAGCUGAAAAGGGGAUUGACCAGGCUCUGCUGGUGAUACAAAACCUUCUGCAGAGCCCUCUUACAGGUUGUCUAAACCUCUAUUUUCUGCCCAACACCUAAUUACCAAAAACCAUUAAUGGCUUAUCAGGAGGUACGUUUGAACAGCUUCCAGGUGCUUCUGUAACAGGCAACCUGAUCCCAAAUAAAUCAUGAACUUUAGAUUCAGUCGUACAACACCAGAAGAGACCUACCCUUUUGUUUCUGACCAAGGAGCAUGGUUCCAAAGGCAGGCUGCAGUUCCAACAGCUGUCUCGUCGCUCACUGGAAACACACAACAGGGACCCUCCGGUUAUUAGGCAGUGGCUUUGCAUGCCUCAUUACCUUGCUGAGCUCUGAAACUGGAUCUUCUCCGUCCAGUCCUUGAAUGCUAACAGAAUCCCACAGGAUCAGCAAGGUUCUUCACAAACAGAGACAACUCCAGGGCUGUGGCCAGCCACUUCAAAAAAUAAAUGUAUCCCCCCACCCAUCUUUGGAGAAUAAGAUGAGAUUACCUCUUCGCUUACAGAUGGGAAAUUCGUAGGCAGGGCUGCUACUUAAGGUUUGUAAAGGGCUUGUUCUGGUGUUCUUGCCCAUCCCUAAGCUGGCAAUACCCAAAUAUCACUAGGAAUGGUUAGGAUGAAAAGCUGCUGUUUCUGGGGUAUCUGAAGCUCAAACGCACUUUGAGCAAAUUUUAUAGUUGAUUUCUAAUAGCAUGAAUGAUCACAUCCUUCUGGGUGCUGCGAUUUCCCAGACAGGUAGUAAUGAGCUAGCCUGGAAUUGUGACUAACACUGUUAAGACUGUCUUAAUAUGUGCAUCUCUGACUCCUUGAAUGUAUCUCACUGUCUCUGCUCCAGCACGGAUGACCACAAGCACACAGUAGCAUCUGCAGCGCAAUCUUUUAAAUAUUCAGCUUAUUUUUCUGAUAGUUCAUAUUUUUUCACCCCUCCAGUUCCUAUUUCCAGAGCAAAUAUUUUCUUGAUACAGCGGCCUCUUCCUCUGUAGUGCUGUCCCCUCUCUCUUACCUUUAUUCUUCAGAAGUGGUUUGCUUUUUAACAUCUAGAGAAACUGAAGCAAACUGGUAGCUCAGCCUACAUAAAGAGUCCUGCUCUAGCAGCUUGGCUUUCCUCCUUGCCACUGACCAGCCUACUGGAAGGAGUGUUUUUCUGCUAGAAGCACAAAGUACUGCCAACACAACCUGGCCUGACAGAAGAUGGCAGCUACUACUGAUGGUGGCUGAAUGAACUUGAAAUGUUCAAGGAGAACAACCAUGCUGCACCAACCUGCAGAAGACCAGCUCUUAGGCAAAGGAGCAAUUUUUUUUUCCCAAGACCUUAGCAGAAGAUACCAAAGGCAAGAAAGAGGUGACAGGAGAGAUCUUGAUGUUAAUUCUUCCCCGGUUACUUGCUUCUUACAGACUCUUGAAAAAUUCCCUUGUCAUGAAAAAUGUUCAGUUGCUCAAAUCCCGAAAUAAAACCUGUGCAAUGUUAUAGUCAGAACUGAUUUCCAAGCGUCAUGCAUCGCCCCUGCUGUUGCAAGAGAAAGAGGGCUGUUCUGCAGCAAACAGGUCACCAACCCUUUGUAACGAGCCACUUUCUUAGCCAUGGAACCUACAUGUGCAAAAAAUUUGGUGAAAAUGUAAGGUGCUGGUUCCUUUUUCAGGCAAAGUCUCUCUGGCUCGUGUAGUUUCUUCUCCCUCCAAAAAGUCCUAGCCCUCUAUCUUGGAAUUCAAGCUGUUUCGACAUGCCUUGAUGUACAUAUUUCUCCAUCCUUUAACUGGAGCAGGUCAAACAGAUCCCUGACGAAGAGUCCUGGAAGUCUGGAGCAAUCUGCUUCAUUAUAAUUUUAAGUACCACCAAAGUGAAAUUAGAUUUACAGGAGAUUCCAGAAGUUUCAGUAAAACUGCAGACACAGGUGGAUAUAAAGUUCUCAUGAUGUUGCUUGGCUUUGUCUCCAACCUGAGCAAAAGGCAGCCAUCGGCCACACAUGAGCAUCCCUCGCAGGUUACAAUUUGCCAUCAAAAUGGUUCAAACACAGAAAUUUAAGUGCAGUUUUGCACAGCUUUCUGAGGACCGUUAGCUAACUAGUUUCUCUGAAAAUAAUGAAGCGAAAUCUUGUACACUUUCUCUCUUGAUAAAGGUCAUUUCACUCGCCCUGUAAUGAGACACAAACACAUACACAAAAAAAAUAAUCUGUGAAACAAGCUGUGAGCCUGCCAGGGUUUAUUUACCCCAGCUAAAGCACAUCAAUGGCUACGUGAGCACUUGGCAAUGAAGAGAGGCCACGAGUUGGAAACACAGAGUUUGUUUCAGGGCAGAUAAUCAAACAAUAGGCAGAAAAGGGCUGGCUUUGCUUCUCUGCAGCUGCUUGUUUAGCAGGGACUGGAGCAGAAGCUGGAGGACCAGGAUGGUCAGAGACACUUGGCAGAGAAAGGCGUUAACUGCAGCAAGCGCAGCAAAGGCAAGAGGAGCCUCUGGGCAGCAGAGAGAGAUGGGCAUGUGUUUUGGGAGAAGUACAGAGAUGGGAGAAACGUGGGAAGGGAACAGACUGGGGAGGGAUGUAUGACAGAGUGGGAGAAAAAAUACCAAGAGGGUGGAGAGAGAAGAAAAUGAACUUGAAAUCAGGUGUCCCAUAUGCUCCCAUUUGUUGCUGCUACCUGCCUGGACGACAGCUUAUGCCAGAGACACGAGGCAAGACCAGGCAGAGCGGAGGGUUAGAGCCGGCGAAGGCUGGCAGCUCCCUCGGCACCUCGCAGCGAGCUGGAUCUGGACAGAGCUCACCCUCCCGCAGCUCUGGGCAGGGGCAGGACGGGGUAACGCGCACGGUGCCCCUCAGAUCAUUGCAGUCCUCUGGAAAGCGCCUGCUUCUCCUGCACUGGGGCUGAGCUAGGUUGGAGCUGUAGCCCAGAACCUUCAGCAACAAAAAUUAACUCCACGGAGGCCAUGGGUCUGUGCCAGCUUGGUGAACUAACUAGAAACCGAGCCCCAUGUUUCCAGGCAGAGGCACAAUGGGAAUUAGGGGACUUGCAUUAAAAUUGUUUAACUUUAAGCACAAAUUUAAGGAGUCCAAGAUCCCAGUUGCUUACUGCAAUAGGGCUUGGGAAGCUCCGAGCACCAGCAGAGCCCUGUCAGGACAUGGCUCCAGGCACCAUCACUCCUUGCUACAGGGGCUGAUCACACUGGCUGGAUUUUAGGUCUUCAGAGACAUCCUUUUCUUUCUGUAACAAGCUGCCAUGUCCUAUCCAUGGCCUCUUCUAGUACAUUCUUUCUUAAGAAAGCCUUCCUAACAAAGCCGUAACAUUUCAGCUGUUUUCUAGGAGCUGUUAAAACAUCAAAACCACAUUCCUUACAGAACAGGCCCUGAUUAUUUUGUUCUUUAAAAAUAAAUAAAUAAAUCAGUAACUCAAAAAAGAAUAUUUUUCUUGUGUAUUCUACUGCUCAAUAAAAUUGUAACUAUUUGUUGACCAUAAAAA